CCUCUCCCCAUGAACACCUGAGGCUCCUCCCCAUCCCCCAGGAUGGACCUGUAGCAGCUUUCCCGCAGCGCGGCAGAAGAUCCCCCUGGAGCCGCGGGGUCCAGCCUGGCGCCGGCAGAGCCAUGGGAGAGCCGCGGCUGCCGCGCGGGGGGCGAGUGCAGACCAUUUCCACGAUUUACCAAGACCAUUGUGACUCCUAAUCCCGGUCUCUGAAGCGCGUGCAGCCCGUCCCAGCCCGGUACCCGUGGCAGUUUCUGGAACCGUUCCAUCCUCCACCCUUCACAUCGCUUUUAAAGGAAUGUGGGAAAUACUUUUCCAAGGCUUUUGAACUCCAAAGUGGAACAGAAGGAAGACGCAGGGGGACAUCCACCGUUCAGGGUUAUUUUCCUCGCACACGAGAAAGGAGAAAAAAAAAAUAAGAAAAAAAAAAAGGAUCUUUCUGAGAUGAGCGCUAAAGUCUCAAGUUUUCAAAGGUUUGCAUAACAAACAAGAGACACAUUGUGGGUUGCAUCUUGACUUUGAAGGCUUGCCACUGUCAACUGAAAUAAAAUGGCAAGGUUUAAAGCCUUAACCAAGUUCACAAGGAAAAUAUUUGGACUGAAAGUUUUGGAAAGUUUUCUCUCUUUGAAGUAGUUUGUCAUGUGUUACCAAUGUGAACUUUAUUGACCUUGAAACGUUUUUUUUUUGAAUCAAAUAGCAACUAGUGACACUUUAGGAAAAUCUUAAAUCAACAACCAUCUCCUGGCGGCUCCAGCUUCGUAGCAAAUGCAGGCAAAACAGGGAAUCUACAGAGGAGACCUUUAUUAUUCGUAAAUGAAGCCUGCCAAAACCUUCCCGAAAUAGCACUCAAAGACCCUUUUAAGGUCAUGGAUCCUGAACAAAGCCAGAAGAGCACAAAAAAGGCUGAGGAAAGUCCAAGAAAGAGGCUUCCCAAAGGAGAGGCUUUCCAAGGCACUGUUUCCUCCCCAGCUACGUACCAGGGCAGCUCYGCUCCUCCCCAAGGAACCCCUCUCCGAGACAUCAUCUCGCAGCAGCACUUUCCCGGCUCCCUGCCCGUUCCGCGCGAGGAGCCCCAGGAGAAGCCGGGCCACCAGAAGCAGCCCAARGCCUCCUCCUUCGAGCACCCCGCGCACGUCCCGCAGCUCCAGCAGCACGCCCUGUCACCAGCAUUCAUGUCCCCGGGGAAGCCGGAGCACGUCCUGGAAGGUCCCACGUGGCAGCUCGUCGAUCCGGCCAGAGCGGGGCCGUCCGGCUCCUUCUCGUCCCCYGCGCUGCACGGGCAGCUCCUGCCGGCCCACUCGCCCAUCCUGCCCGCCGAGGACAUGCCGGCCGUGCAGAAAGUCUUCAUCCCCCGGCCCGCCCAGGUGUCCCUCAAGCAGGCAGAGGAGGUGCACAAGAAGGAGAAGAAGCCUCCGAAGCCGGGCAAGUACAUCUGCCAGUACUGCAGCCGGCCCUGCGCCAAGCCCAGCGUGCUCCAGAAGCAUAUCAGGUCCCACACCGGGGAGAGGCCCUACCCCUGCAUUCCCUGCGGCUUCUCCUUCAAGACCAAGAGCAAUCUGUACAAACACAGGAAAUCUCACGCUCACCGGAUCAAAGCUGGGCUGGCCUCAGGGAUCGGGGCGGAGAUGUACCCGUCGAGCCUGGAGAUGGAGAGGAUCGGUGGCGAGGACUUUGAGGAGCCGACGGAAGGGGAAAGCACGGACUCGGAGGAGGAGACGGCGGCGAUGGCGGGUCACGGCGCRGAGCUGUCGCCCCGGCGGAAGCACRCGCUGCUCUCCGGGAGCCUGCUGAGCGCAGGGAGCCAGGGCUCCAGCCACGAGCGCUGCUCGCUGUCCCAUUCCAGCAUGUCCCAGUCUCUGGAGGACAGCUCCCCGUUCGUGGAGCCGUCGUCGGAGCACGCCCUGAGCCAUAAGUCCGAGGACACCCACACCAUCAAGCAGAAGCUGGCGCUGCGCCUGAGCGAGCGCAAGAAGGUGAUCGACGAGCAGGCGUUCCUGAGCCCCGGCAGCAAGGGCAGCACCGAGUCCGGCUACUUCUCCCGGUCCGAGAGCGCUGAGCAGCAGAUCAGCCCUCCCAACACCAACGCCAAAUCUUACGCCGAGAUCAUUUUCGGCAAGUGCGGCAGGAUCGGGCAGAGGACGGUGGCGCUGGCCUCUAACACCACCCAGGGGUUCCCGCACCUGUCCGGCGAUGAGAAGCCCAGCAUGGUGCCGUUGUCCGUGCCUAGAACGCAGGUGAUCGAGCACAUCACUAAGCUAAUCACCAUUAACGAAGCCGUGGUGGACACCAGCGAAAUCGACAGCGUGAAGCCCAGAAGAAGCUCUCUGUCCAGACGCAGCAGCAUCGAAUCCCCAAAGUCUGGCGCGUACAGAGAGCCGUUCCAGUUCGAUAUCAAGUCUGGCUCCGGCAGCCAGCUGGACGUGGCCAAAGCCCUGGCGUCRCACGGUGAGAAGAUGAAGCCCGAACAAUCAUUGUUGUCACUCCAGCAAUCCCACAGUGCCACAGAGACAGUGCCUCUCCUAAGAAGCCACUCAAUGCCUUCUGCUGCAUGCACUAUCAGCUCCCCACACACCUUCCGAGGUAGCUACUCGUUYGACGAUCACAUCAUGGAGCCCCAAGUCUUAAGCCGCAGCCAAGCGUUCUCCUCCCACCCUCGAAUGCUGAAGCGCCAACCGGCCAUCGAGCUGCCCUUGGGAGUGGAAUAUGUCUCAGAGGAGGCCGGCUCUGCUGGCAAAGAAACCGUCCCCAAACCUCCUGAGGAGCCUGAAACCAAGGAAAGCGAUCUUACCAAAAAGUCCCGCAAGGGCCCCAAGGCGAAAGGGUUCAUGUAYGAGUGCAACGUGUGCGGCGCGCGCUACAAGAAACGGGACAAUUACGAGGCCCACAAGAAGUACUACUGCUCGGAGCUGCAGCUCUCCAAGCCCCGCUCUGCCACWUCCCACCCCUCGUCUGAGCCUGAGAAGAGCGUGGCCGACCCCGACACGUGGCCCCAGAUGAUGCAUUACAAGUUAGGCAGCACUUUGGAGCUCACCCCGCUGCGGAAGAGGCGGAAGGAGAAAAGCCUCGGUGACGAUGAGGAGCCCCCAGCUUUCGAGUUGUCUGACACCGCCUCCUCCAGCAGCGGCCCAGGCGCUCAGUUUGCAAACCCGGCCUCRUCCGAUGUGGCUCUAAACCUGACCCGUGAGCCCAUGAAGUCACCAGCAGACUCAGGAAAAUCCGAGGCCAGCGCCAGCUUCCAUUCCAGGAAUACCAARCCGGCUUCGAGCGCAGAGGGCAAGGAGAGGAGAACGACCUCGAAGGAGAUCUCGGUCAUCCAGCACACGAGCUCCUUUGAGAAGUCAGACUCCAUCGAGCAGGCCAGCAGCUUGGAAGAGGACAAGCCCUCGUCCCAGUUCCCAUCCCAGCCCACGCCCCAGCACAGCCGCCCCCCUCACUCCCUGCAGCCCAGGCUGGUGCGCCAACCCAACAUCCAGGUCCCCGAGAUUCUGGUCACAGAAGAGCCGGACAGACCAGAAACAGAGCCAGAACCUCCUCYAAAGGAACCCGAGAAAACAGAGGAAUUCCAGUGGCCACAGAGGAGCCAGACCCUUUCCCAGCUCCCUGCAGAGAAACUGCCACCCAAGAAGAAGCGACUGCGGCUGGCAGAGAUGGCCCAGUCCUCCGGAGAGUCCAGCUUUGAGUCYGUGUCCCUCACCCGGAGCCCCAGCCAGGAGAGCAGCCUAUCCCACGGCUCCAGCCAUUCCGUGUCCUUCGAUCGCGAUGACCACACCAAGCCAGAGCUGAGUGGCCAGUCCUCYGAGUCCCACCCGAAACCUCCAGGCAUUGGCUCCCACAUGCUGAUGGUCCCCAGCCACCAUCACCAUUCCAGGGAGAUGCGGAGAUCYGCUUCCGAGCAGACACCCAACGUGUCCCACCCUUCCCAGAUGUCAGAGACUCGCAGCAAAUCCUUUGACUAUGGGAGUUUGUCGUCCACUCCCGCUUCCACRCCCGGCCCCUCCACCUCCUCGGCCCCCCAGGAGAGGAGGAAAUGCUUCCUGGUGCGGCAGGCAUCCCUCACCAGGCACCCUGAGCACGAGCCAGACCCGGCGCCCCCGGGCUGGCCGGACACGGAGGAUGCGGCUCCUUCUUCCAGCAAAUCUCCCACCAUGAGCUUGCCCCGUCAGCCAACCUCAUCAUCCCCUCUGCCCUCACGGGGCACCUUCCCAAGUGACAAGAGCCAGCCAAAGGACAGCCCCGAGCCAUCCUACAGCCCGCCCUACACAGAGGCCCUGCAGGUGUUCCACCACCCCGUGCCGCAGCUGGCGCUGCACGAGAAGCACUUCAUGACCCCGCAGGUGUCCAUAUUCCCCUAUCAGCACCUGCUGCCUCAGUCGGGGCAGUCCGCGGAGCUCUUCGCUGCCCACACCAUGUCUGACAUCCUCUCAGCCCAGUUCUCCAUGCCCCAGAUCCCUCCCUCCAUAUUCCAGACACCGCCGCUGCCCCUCCCGCAGACGCUCAUCCACCCUGGCCCGCUGCACCUCGCUCCUCCGCUGAUGUCCCACCCCACCGAGGUGUCCUUCAGGCACCCUUCCUUCCUGCCYGUGCACUACCCCGGCUCCUCCCCGAUCCCCUCGGCCUUUUUCCUGCCUCUCCAGUCCCAGUUCGCUCUCCACUUGCCGGGUGAUGCYGGUGGACAUUUGCCUCAGAUCAAGUCCAGUUUGUUCUCGGCCGCGGGAAGCUCCAGCCUGUCUCCAUGCACGGAUUAUGACUCGGACGGCAGAUUGCACCCUCUGACCUGUGCAGCRAGUCCUGCCGUGUCUGUCACAGUCACCCAGCUUGUCGUCCCCACCCGGACAGAGCCCAUGGUGUCCCUGGUGGUCCCCGUUCGCAUCCAGACCAACAUGCCCUCCUACGGCAGCGCCAUGUACACCACGCUCUCGCAGAUCCUGGUCACGCAGUCCCAGUGCAGCUCCUCCACCAUCGUGCUCCCCAAAUUCGAUGACUGCCAGCCCAAGGGYGCCCUGGUGUGCAGCGCUGAUGUCCACGGGCUGGGGUUUGACCUGGCCCAGAUGAUCACGGAGGAGCAGAGGAGCCUUUUCCAGAGCCCGUACCUGCGCGUGCCCCUGCCCUUGCCGGAGCGGAAGGGCUACAUGCCCCUCACCUGCCCCUCAGACAGCCUGGAGGGUGGCCCUGCCACUGUGGGCGGGAGCAAAAGGAUGCUGUCCCCAGCCGGCAGCUUGGAGCUGACCAUGGAGACGCAGCAGCAGAAGAGAGUGAAGGAGGAAGAAGUGUCUGAAGCGGAGGAGAAGCUGGAAGUGGUGAAGCCACCCAGUGCAAUAGAGGAAGGGAAAAAUCAGGAUCAACCUCACUUUCUCACCGAGAGCCAAGAGAGGGUGGAGGCUGAGGCAGCGCCCAGCGUGUCCGCGGUGGAGCAGCCGGAGCCAAAGGAAACCCCGAGCAGUUCCCAGCAGGCCACGUCCCGGCCGCCUUCGCCCAGCUUUGAGGCGCUGCAGGAGGACGAGCAGCCCGCUGGYGAGCAGUUGCCCGGCCAGGAGCCUCUGCAGCCCGUCAAGAAGGAAGACUCCAAAGAAGCGGCGGAGCAGCCUCUGCCCAGCCCCGCCAGCCCCGCCGCCGUGCCCGAGAGCUCUGCCGGAGCGGGGAAGGCCCGGGAGGGCACCGACACCAAGAAGGUGCUGCAGUUCCCCAGCCUGCACACAACCACUAACGUCAGCUGGUGCUAUUUGAACUACAUCAAGCCAAACCCCACGCAGCAGGCGGACGGGCGCUCCUCGGUGUAYGCCAGCUGGUGCGUCAGCCUCUACAACCCCAACCUGCCCGGCGUGUCCACCAAGGCCGCCCUGGCCCUGCUGAGGUCCAAGCAGAAGGUGAGCAGGGAGACCUACACCAUGGCCACCGCUCCGCGGCCCGAGGCGGGCAGGCUGGUCCCGGCCGGCUCCAGGAAGCCCCGAAUGACUGAGGUUCAUUUGCCUUCGCUCCUUUCUAAUGAAGGUCGAAAAGAUCUAACUAGAGCUGAGAAGGAAGAGGAGAAAAGGGGAAAAUCAGAAGAAGAGGCUCUUGUGACCAAGCGAGGGGAGCCGGUGAGGAUCAAGAUCUUUGAAGGAGGGUACAAAUCAAACGAAGAGUAUGUGUAUGUGCGAGGCCGCGGACGAGGGAAGUAUGUUUGUGAGGAGUGUGGAAUUCGCUGCAAGAAACCCAGCAUGCUGAAGAAGCACAUUCGCACGCACACAGACGUCAGGCCGUACGUCUGCAAGUACUGUAACUUUGCUUUUAAAACCAAAGAAUGUCAGGAGCUGGGCGUGUUGGUAUCUUCACUGGUGGAUCUGGAAGCCGAAGAAGGAACCAGUGAAGACCUUUUCCAGGACUCGGAGGGGCGGGAGGGAUCCGAGCCCCUCGAGGAGCACCAGUUUUCAGACCUGGAGGAAUCCGACGACGACGAUGACAACGAGGACGAGGAAGAYGAGGAGGAAGAGGAGAGCCAGGASGAGCCGGCGCCGCGGCUGCCGGAGGGCAAAGCCAGCCCGCUGCCGCCGCGCUCCUCGCGGGGCUCCCCGUCCUCUCCAGAGGAAGCCACGGAAGCAGCACCAUCCACAGCUCCACAAACCGCUGCCAGCCCCCCAAAAGCCAGGGAAGAAGGCCAGCAGGCUUCCUCCUCCUCCUCAGGGCUGGAGUCCAAGCGGUCAGCGGCCGGCGGCGAGCUCACUGCGUGCCGCAGCUUCUCGAGCRUCCCCAGAGCGGCUCUGACCUCCACCGAGCGCUUGGCUCCUGCCGAGAGAGAGUCUGUCACCAGGCCACCCAUGUCCUUGGCCAUGGAGCUGUCACCCUCCAAAGACACCUCCCCGAGGAGGAGGUGGUCCCCGAGCCGCGAGUGCGGCCGAGGCGGCGGUGGCAGAGCAGCGAUGGCCAGGAAGCACCUGCUGACCAAAAGCGAAACGUCCCCCAAGCGCUUCUCGCCGCCGGCCGAGCUGUCCCCGCUGCGCUGCCUGUCCCCGGGGAGAGGGCUGGCCCCCUGCCAGCGCCUGUCCCCCCGCAGGGAGGUGUCCCCCCUGCCCUGCGUGUCCCCAAGGCUGGAGCUGUCGCCUGCCAGACACCCGUCCCCGCGCAGGGAGCUGUCCCCGAGGACACCGCUGCCGCCAGAAGGAGAAGCGUCCCCCGUCCGGCACCCUUCGCCCAGCAGGGAGAUGGCAUCCCUGAGACACUUGUCCCUGAAGAAAGCCUCGUCCCCAGGCUGCUCGGAGCUGCCCAGGUGCCCAUCCCCCGGCAGGGAGGACUCGCCUGGYGCCAGCAGAGCAGCGGAGGACAAAGUUCCCAGCUCAUAUCAAGCCCAGCCCGGGAUAUUCUCUUCGAUGCCUCUACCUCACAGGUUCUUUGGCAAAAACUCACAGCUCUACGAGUCCAAGCUGAAGCUGGAGCCCCGCAGCCCGCCCUGCUCCCCCGGCACCUCACCGCCCGCCUGCCCCCGGCCCCUGGCGGCCGCCCACGACCUCCACGCUCCCGGCCGAGGGGAGGAGAAUGUCUUCAGCCACCUCCCGCUGCACUCGCAGCAGCUGGCCCGGACCCCGUACCCCAUGAUCCCCAUCGGGGGCAUCCAGAUGGUGCAGCCCCGGCCCAGCGCCCACCCCGGGCUGCUGCCCGGCCCCGCCGCGCCGCUCCCAGCCGGACUCUUCGCCUCCGCCGCCGGUGACCUCGCCCAGCCCUGCCGGGCUCCCCGGAGGGACGAGGAGCCCCCGACCCCUCCCGAGCCGUCCUCGGCGUCCGUGUCGCCCGUGGCCAAGGUCUCCAAGUACACGCUGUCCCCGGAGCCGGCGGGCCGUGGCUUCGCGGAGGAGGAGAUGAGGACUAGGGAGCUCCAGCGGGAGCGGGAGGAGCACGGGGCGGCCGUGGCGGCCGUGGCCGAGCCCAGCCAUGCGGAGCAGCCCCCGGUGUCCCCCGGCAGCCCCAGCACGGCCCGGGAGCCCCCUCCGGAACCUUCGGCCAGCGGGGAUGACCCCCCGAAAGCCACGGGCCAGCAGCCACCGGGCAGCUCGAGCAUCCCCUCGGAACCACCGCGCACCUUCAUCUCGCCCGCGCUGGACCGGAGCAGCGGCAGCGCCCCAGAGCCCACCCCGGGCACCCCCAGGAGCAGCAGCCGCCCCCCAGAGCCCACCCCGGGCACCCCCAGCCCCAGCCCCGCUCCCUGCGGAGCCGGAGCCACUGCGGGGAGCCCGGCAGGAGCCACCCACGCCCCGAGCGCCCCGAUUUAGGUCCAACUCCGACCGAGGUGGAUGGAAAAACGGGGAGUACUCACAGCCUCCGCCAGCUGUUCCACCUUUAGG